AUGUCGACAUCACGACCACGAGCUGGUCAUUUCAGCAUUCUUUACUUCGCCUCUGCCGCAUCCUUCACCAACAAAUCAUCCGAUGACUUGGUAGCCCCCAUGAAGCUCUCGACGCUGCUUGAGCGACUCGAAGACAUGUACCCUGCAAUCAAACAACGAAUCCUGCACAGCUGUGCUCUCACUGUGAAUUUGGAAUAUGUAGAUAUUCAGGCAGAUGCUGAUAUGCUCAUCACCGAAGGAGACGAGGUUGCCAUCAUUCCACCCGUGAGCUCAGGAUGA